CUUAGAAUCUUUCGUUUACAUUAUCUAAUGCCUUUUGUUUUUGCAGUUUUCAAUAAAGAAGAAGAAUCAAGCUGACUAUGCGGUAACGGUUUUUUUGCAAGCAAGUACGUUUUUAUGAUUCCAUUAGACAUCAUACAGUUGAAAAAAAAAAAAAAAAAAAAAAGGAAUUGAAAUCAUCCAUCGGUUUGUGAGGGUUUCAAUUGGGAAGGGAUGGGCUACGUAGAAUAGGACUUGUGCCAUUGUUUACUUUAAACCAGAGAGGAACUAUGAUAAAAAUGGGAGAAGAGUAUAUAUAUUUUCCUUCAUAUGAACCAUCCUAUCCUUUUCUCUUUGCUUCUAAACGUAUGCCUUUUUUUUAUUAUUUGUUGUUUUUCUUUAAGUUUAAAUUAAAACUUAUCGACUUAUACUGCAUCGAAAGGUCUCAAUUAUGGUUCUCUAAAAUCAUCUUCUUUUAUCAUAAACAUCCUUCUCGUCGUUGUUCUUGAUAACUGUUCCUCUUGAUUUCCACCAAAUAAUUAUGUAAGAAUUUCUUGGAAAGUAACAAAUGGAAGAGAAAUACAAACUGAAUUUCUAAUUGCAAAAUUCCAUUACACAAAGGUGAUGGAUCUUUGACGCAGGUAAAAAAGGUUGCAAUUAGGAUACUCGUAGCGAAAGAACAAUGACAUUGAUUUGAAAACAGUCUCAGCAAGCGAUUUCCGUGUUUUGCUAUUCUUUGGGAUGGAGAGGAAGAUUAACAUACCCUAAAAUCAUGACCUUUGUUUCUAUUGGAAUUUUGAACCUUUUUAUUACGUCCACACAGUUUGUUGAAUUUUCUUUUCCUUAAAUUAUGGAAUGAAUCUCUAAUUGUUCUCUCUCUCUUUUUUUAUUUUCUUAUUUCUUUUUUUUUUCCAAUAGAAACAAACAAUCCAUUUUCACACCGAACAACAAUGCUACCUGUGUUUCGUCAGUCCGAAGCAAUUCCAUUUCAUAGUCCUCUGUGCAUAAAAACAAACAAGUCUUUGUCAAUCGUGUCUGUUUUCUGUUUUUAUUAAAUUCAAUUUUCUUAGAAAAGGAAGUUAGAACGUUGCUUUAACUACUGCGACGAGUAGAAAGGUUGAAUUUUCAUACACCUGUAUCGAAAAAUUAUUUCUCCAGCAACUCGUUGCAAGUAUGCAUGAUUUGACACAAGGAAAAGAUUCAGUUGAGGCUCUAUUUCAACGUGCUACUGAGCUUCUUCAACAUCGACAGCGAGUCUUGAUCGGCCUGGCUGGCGGACCAGGAUCAGGAAAAACAACGCUGACUUCCAAACUAGUAAGGGAAUGGAACGAGCGGCUCGGAUCUGAUAUGGUGAAAAUGAUUCCCAUGGAUGGGUUUCAUUACACCCUGGAAGAACUAGAUAAAAUGGACAAUCCGGAAGAAGCGAGAGCACGACGUGGAGCAGAGUGGACCUUUGACGCACGACUUUAUGCGUCUCUUGUUGCCUUAGUAAAAAAAGUUACGGACUGCGAGCUGUUUGCGCCUUCCUUUAACCAUUCGGUCGGCGCUCCCGUCCAGGACGAUAUUCGUAUCCAUCCAGAACAUCGAAUUCUCAUCUUUGAGGGAAACUAUCUCCUUCUCAACAAGCAUCCAUGGUCACUGGCUGCAAACCUAUACGAUAUCAAGGCUUUUCUUGCCGUCGAUCCAAACACCGCUAGAAAAAGAGUGAUUCAACGACAUUUGCAAGCGGGACUCUGUCAAACCGAAGCAGAGUCCGCUGCACGUACCGAUUCCAAUGACAUGGUGAAUCUUGACUUUAUUCAACGAAAUCUUUUGGAACCUGAUUUUACUUUACAUCAAGUAGAUUUAUAGUUCCUUCAUUCCCUAGUUAUUUUAUGAUUCUUUUUUUGCAUGUUUUCCGCUUUCCUCGUUUCAAACACUUUGCUAAAUGCUGAACCCUGGACUAUAUGGGUUUAAGAAGAAUUCAACCAAGAUUUAUUUUAUAUCCUUCAUUUCCAAUCUAACCUAUCUCUUCCCUAACAUUCUUAAACCUGUCCCUAACAAUCUCAAGUAAGCUACGAUGUCCUAUUCUAGUUGAUUCUAUGAAACUGAUUUUCCCGUCUUCGUUGGACCAUAAAUAACCAUCUUAUAGCUCAUCGUCAAACUCG